AUGUUCAAGUUACUAAACCGUCCUGGUCGACGCAGCGCUGUUAUGAAGUUAUUUUGUGAGAAAGUUGAGGUUAGAACACCGAGAAUUUUUUAUGUUUAUUCUUCAGCUGGUUCUGUGAGAUUCGCAUCAACACUUGGCAGUGAUGCAGGGAAAACUCUACCUCUAGCGGACAGCAUACCAGAACCACCUCCAGUUCCAGAUCCUACAACGAUAUCAGAUGCUGUUAGUGCAGUCCAAUCUUUUGCUGCGAAUGGUGAACCUACGUUUGCCAGCAUAGGCCUAGGAGGUUGGGGACCAGUUGGAUUGGUGCAGAACUGUUUCGAAUAUCUGCACGUCACUUUAGAUGUUCCAUGGUGGGGUGCAAUUGUCUUGGGCACAAUAGUUGUCAGAGUUGUUAUGUUCCCACUUGUGAUUUUAUCACAGAGGAACAGUGCACAAAUGAACAAUAAUCUACCAGAAAUACAGUUAUUGCAGAUGAAAAUGACACAAGCCAGGCAGACUGGAAAUCAAAUUGAAGCUGCACGAUAUGCUCAGGAAAUGAUGCUUUUCAUGAAAGAAAAAGGAUUGAACCCUCUUAAAAAUUUAAUUGUUCCAUUAGCUCAGACACCUCUGUUUAUAUCCUUUUUUAUGGGAUUAAGAGGAAUGGCUAAUUGUCCUGUAGAAAGUAUGACACAUGGAGGCUUAUGGUGGUUUGUAGACUUAACAGUCCCAGAUCAAUAUUUCUUACUCCCAGUUAUCACAAGUGCAACUAUGUGGGCAACAAUAGAACUAGGAGUAGAUGGUGGACGUCUCGAUGCACAGAAUAUGCAAGUUAUGAGAUAUGUUUUGAGGGCAAUUCCUUUAGUAAUGAUACCCUUCACUAUUAACUUUCCUGGUGCCAUUUUAGUCUAUUGGUGUUCCAGUAACUUCAUAUCCUUAAUGCAAGUUGGUUUCUUAAAAAUUCCAGCAGUCAGAGAAUACUUUAAGAUCCCAAAGUUAAUAAAACAUUCUGCUGAUGCUUUACCAAUAAAAAAGAAAGGUUUUGUUGAAGGAGCAAAAGAUUCAUGGACAAAUAUGAAGCUUUCAAAAGAAUUAGCUGAAAGACAAAGGAUUGAUGAAAUGAUUUUCACAAAAGCAGGCAAGGGACCCUUACAGAAAACAUAUAAAUAUGAUCCCACAAAACUGACAAACAUACAAGCAAAAUCAAAGUAAUAUUAAUUUAGAGCUAAAAUACUAGUUAUGUUUAUAUAAGACAAAAUUAAAUAAAAAUUACAAAACAAGAA